CACUCCAUGUCACUGAACCCCAGAAGAAGAAUAUGAUGUCGUCUCAAUCAGGCGUGUGAAUCUUUUGUCGAUUUUGGCGGACAAUCCUGGUUGUGGUUGCCGGUUAUUAUGGAUAGUUUUGAUACAAGCGAACAGCUCGGAGACUUUGAAAAAGGGGUGAUUGCAGGGGCGCGUUUGGCCGGGGCAUCGAGGACCCAGGCGCUUGAGAUUUUGAGGGAAGUUUUACACGAAACACCGGUGCGUAAGGCCUCUGGGGUGACCGUGACGGAAGACGUGGUAACCGUCUUCAACAAGAUGAAGGUGCGGAAGGCCCAGGCAGGAGAGGAGGAGAAGAGGAAGAGGAAGAAGGCGGUGCUCUUCUGCCUGAGCGAGGAUGAGCAGAACAUCAUCCUGGAGGAGGGCCAGGAGAUCCUGCAGGGGGACGUGGGAACCACCGUACAGGACCCCUACCUGCACUUCGUCAAGAUGCUGCCGCCCGAAGACUGUCGCUACGCCCUCUACGACGUCACCUACAAGACCAGAAGAGCCCAGAAGGAGGAGCUGGUCUUCAUCUUCUGGGACCCAGAAAGUGCUCCCAUAAAGGCGAAGAUGGUCUAUGAACGAUCCUGGGACACCAUCAAAAAGAAGUUCCAAGGUAUCAAACAUGAGUGGAGGGUGAGCAGUCUGGAGGAUCUCCAGGACCGGCGUGCCCUGGCAGAGAAGCUGGGGAGCCGGGCGGUGGUGUCUCUCGAAGGGAGCCCUUUAUAAGUCAUCACAUAGGGCCUGCAGGGCCUGCCUGCUCAUUUCAGUGCUGGGAGAGGGAGGGAG